CACCGUGUUCACGAAGCUACGUACAGGAAUUAUCCGCCUGUUUUCGCUGCUCUUUUUUCAGUGUGUCUCCACUUCUCCGCUUGGUUUUGUUUCACCUCGCCGGACUUGGAAUAUCAAGUGGCCGAGUUUGAGCAGGUUGCACGAUGGAUGAGACGGAGAAGUACCAACAGAGACUGGAGGCCAUUGCUGAGAAGCGUCGGCAGCAAGAGGAGCAGGACAGAACCAGGAGAGAGUUGGAGGAUGAGAAGAUCAGACUACAGCAGCUCAAGAGGAAGUCACUGAGGGACCAGUGGCUGAUGGAAGGAGCUCCCUUGUCCCCAGCGUCCCCGGACCCCCAGAGCCCUCGCUCCCCUCUUUGGGGCUCCCCCACCCAUGAGUCUGAAAAUCACAUUAACACGUUGCAGUCAAAGAGUCUGCAGUUGGAUGAGGAGAAAGAGGAGCAGAUGGAGGAUGCGAGCCAAGCGCAGGAGGCAGUGACGGUGGCUGAGGCUGCAGCAGAAAUGGUGCGUGGAGUUGUUGUGAAGAACGGAGAAAAUAAUGCAACAGAAUUUGAAACAAGUGAAGAUGAAGUGAACAAAAGCCCCCGACUGGAUGGAGCUGCAGUUGGCUUAACCAAUGGUGAAGGACAUUUCAGUGUGGACACUAAUCAGAACAGCAACGGACCUGUCGAUGCUGCAGAGGGUGUCGUGAGUAUGAAGUCAGAGCCUGCGUGGAGCCUCUGUGUUUCUGAAUCGGAGCCUGGUCAUGUUCCAAACGUCAAUAUUAACGAGGAGGAGGAGGAGGAAGAAGAAGAAGAAGGAAUUCUGGUGAUAAGAGCAGAAUGUGUGAUCAUCACAGAUGAAGGGGAGGAUGCACCAGAGGAUGUUAGACCCCAGGAAGAUGAGCAGGAAACCCCUCUGCCAGAUCAAGAAGGGGAGUCUAUGGAGGAGGUAACAACUCCAGAAACCUUCACACAACCAGACAAAAGUCAGACAUCUGAACCCACUGCAGAGGCACAACCAGACACUGGAGACGGAGAUGUGGACGGUGACAUCAAGACAAAUGAAAACAUAAACGGAUCGGAAUCUGAAGACCCAACAUGUGUGCAACUGCAGUCCCCAGCCACAUACAUAGAGGGCGCUACUGUGGCUUUAGUGCCGGUCUACUCUGAAAUGCAUCCCUCUACCGUCACACCCAGGGUUGAGGUUGAAACUGCAGCAUUGUCACCAGAGGGAGCCCAAGAUCCUGCCACUGCGUGCGGCCAGUUUCAGGAGGUGCCCCUGGCUGAUCCCCUGGCUGAUCCCCAGGUGAACCAGAGGACAGAGGCAGGGCAGGGGAAGCAGGAGCAGGAGCCCCUUCUCUCCCAGGUGGCAGCCCCCUACACUCAGGCGGAUCCAGCAGCAGUAGCUAAGAGCCCGGCCAACUCAGAGACACACAGCCCAACCAGGGCGAGUCCGGGAGAGGAGACGGUAGCACCCAAACGCAAAACCUGCCAGUGCUGCUCCGUCAUGUAGACCACCUCCCUGCACAUUAACUUCCUCUCUCCCUCUUCAGUCUGCAGCUGUCCCGUCUCUCUGAUGUUCAACUCCUAACACACUCCUUCCCCUGUCUCUUUGUUAUAAUAAACCCACCCUUCUCUUCCCUUCCCUCCACCACCGCCGCCAACAUUCCUUGUAUUUGUCUCAAAACUUCCUCAUCCUUACUCUCGAGCCUUGAUACUCCAAGAGGAAGUUGGCUCUCUGCGACAUGAAGUGAGGAGGCGGAGGAAAUGACCUGGACUUGUCAGUGUUUAAGUGCCUCGAGGAGCUCUACAUUUGAAAUUCUCUUCACACAAGUGUAUUUUCAUUUCCUCGGUUUGGAGACGAGCCAGCCAAGCAACGCAGCAUCCCAAAACUCCUGAUUUAGAUGCAGAUAAGCAAAGACUAAAAACUUGUUUUAAUUAUGUCUGCAUGUGAAGUGCAUCUGGUAUUUUUCAUAAUCUGCAUAUGAGAUUUAACUAGAAGAGUCCGAAGAUCUAGAGAGGUUCAGAGAGGAUGCUCUUCUAAUUUAAUGACUUUAAAGCUGAUUUAUUUUAUUGAUUUUUUUGACCUUUGUAUUAGAGACAUUUUAAUCCAAGUAUAGAGCUUGACUAUUUUUAUUUACUUUGUAAUACAGGUUUUGACAAUAUAGAGACUAAUAGUAUGGCAUUUAUCAGCAGCAGGGUGCAACACUGAAUAUUUGUUGGCCACUGUCAGUUGUAAAAGAGAGAUUGUUUAAAAAUACCUGAAAGUAUGAAAGCUUUAGAACAGGGGGUUUGGAGCUCCUGACACAGCUCUCUGCACGGACGUGUACACUGUAUACAGAAAGCUUGUGAAAUUGAGAGUGUCUGAUUCAUGAAUGAUUUAAUGAUUAAACUGACACGUGUCAUACAAAGCUG